AUGGACGAGAACGGUGAAGGCUCCGAAGAGUACUUAUUCAAGAUCGUCCUAAUCGGUGACUCCGCCGUCGGAAAAUCGAACCUCCUUUCGCGAUUCGCGCGAAACGAGUUCGAUUCGAAUUCCAAAGCGACGAUCGGCGUCGAGUUUCAAACGCAGACUGUGGAAAUCGACGGGAAAGAAGUGAAGGCGCAGAUCUGGGAUACGGCUGGUCAAGAACGGUUCAGAGCUGUUACUUCGGCUUAUUACAGAGGCGCUUUUGGUGCGCUCGUGGUUUAUGAUAUUAGUAGGAGAGGGACGUUUGAUAGCAUCAAGAGGUGGCUCGAUGAACUUACCACUCAAAACGAUAGCACUGUAGCAAGAAUGUUGGUUGGAAACAAGUGUGAUUUGGAGAGUAUCAGAGAGGUGAGCACAGAAGAAGGCAAAGCUUUUGCAGAAGAAGAAGGUUUGUUCUUUAUGGAGACAUCAGCACUUGACGCUACCAAUGUCCAAAAGGCUUUUGAGAUUGUCAUCCGUGAAAUUUACAACAAUAUCAGCCGCAAAGUUUUAAACUCUGAUUCCUAUAAGGCUGAAUUGUCUGUGAAUCGAGUAAGUCUGGUUAAUGGGGCAGGAUCAAAGAAAAAUCUGCUCGGUUUUUCAUGUUGUUCUUGA